AUGAAUAUGUUGGAUGAUGAAGAUGACCAAAGCUUUCACGCUACGCGUGACGGCUACUCCCAUUUGAGCGAUGUCGGAUGGGAUGUGGUUGAACGGAUGGGUUCAACCAUGGGCAUCCAUGCUGUUAGCGUCAUGCUAGAGGCUCACAAUCGAGAUGCCCAACAUGCUACUAUCGCCAAGUUCAUUCAAAAUGAACUUGACGCAGAACGCGAGAAAUUUGAAUUGUUGAGACAGCAGCAGGCUGCUGCUGGUGGGUCGAUGCACUCGCGUCGACCCGAGACCUUGAAGAUUGACAUCUCCAAGUAUAGGGGAGUCGAAGAGGACUCCCUCUUGAGAUGGUUCGUUGAAUUAGACGACGCUAUAAGGGCGCGUCGCAUCGACGAUGGGGAAAUGCAAGUUGCAUUUGCCCGGCCAAAUCUGGCAGGACGUGCCAAGACUUGGGCACUGGGGCUCAAGCUGCACGACCCAUAUGCGUUUGGGUCGUUAGAAGUCUUCAAGUCGCGGCUCAGACAAACGUUUGAACCGCCUGGAGCUGAGUUCAGAGCUCGAACUGAACUCUUGAAGCUCGAACAAAAUAAGCGUGCACAGCACGCUUACGCGCAACAUAUACGACAUCUCAUGAGUUGUAUAAGUUCCAACCCGGUUGGUGAACACACGUUGGUUUCGGUGUUCAUGCAGGGUCUUGCGGAUGGUCCCGUCAAGACUCACCUGUUCUGA